CUGUUGGGUACACUGUUUUUGUCUUAUUGACAAUUACUUUCUAUGGACACUUAUGAGUUUCUAUAAUAAGGGCAAUCAAAGCUACCUCUCUAUAUGCAUAUCACCAAUUCAAUUAUGCAUCAUAUAUAGUACGCAUCACUCACUUCACCUCAGCUGUUACCCACAUAACAAGCUCCAAAUGGUACAUAUAGGUAUAUAUCCCUCUCAUAUGCAUGCCUGUCGCCUCUUUAGAGCAAUCUCUCUCUCUCUCUCUCUCUCUCUCUCUCUCUCUCUCUCUCACUUUUGACUUAUCAUUGCUUUUUUACUUUUGACUUCCCUCACUAUACCAAGUUGCCGCAUCUCCACCUAGCUUUUCAUUGUACACAAAGGUUUUUCCACAAAAUUUGAAUAUUAAAUAUUCCUUUGAUGCAUUUAUUUUAAAUUUUUUUUUUUCUUUUGUGCAUGGUCCCUCUCUUUACCUAUAUAUAAGAAGGCGCGUUGUAUGUUUUUUUAUGCACACUUGCCAUCUCAUCUCAUCUCAUCUCCCCCAUACAUUCCUAUGGAAAUCCUUCCAAUAUCAGCAUCUCAUCUAAUUAAGUCACAAAUCACACCUUUCACUGAUAAGCUUAGAGAAGGUCACAAGUUUAAGACAUGUUUACAGCAACAGAUAACCAGCCUCUUCCGUUCCUCGCCUCCGAGGAUCGACGCGCCACCUCGCCGGAGAAACAAGGUGGUCUUCAUCCUCGGCUCCACCGGCACCGGAAAAUCUAAGCUGGCGAUUGACCUGGCCAUCCAUUUCGACGGUGAGGUGGUCAACUCUGACAAGAUGCAGGUCUACGCGGGGCUCGACAUCAUCACCAACAAGGUCACCGAGGAAGAGUGCGCCGGUGUGCCCCACCACCUCAUCGGUGGGGUCCACCCGGCCGCAGAUUUCACUGCCUUCGACUUCUGUGGGGAAGCCAAUAGGGCGAUUGAGUCGAUCAUUGCCCGUGGACGCCUCCCGAUCAUCGCAGGAGGCUCAAACUCGUACAUUGAGAGACUGGUCGACGAUGAUAAGGGUAAAUUCCGGUCAAAGUACGAAUGUUGCUUUAUAUGGAUCGAUGUCGACCUCCCAGUUCUGCACUCAUUUGUGUCGGAACGCGUCGACAAGAUGGUGGAUAUGGGUCUGGUGGAGGAGGCCAGGACUAUGUUCGACCCGAACGGAGACUAUUCGAAGGGGAUCCGAAGAUCGAUCGGAGUAUCGGAAAUGGACCGAUAUUUCCGAGCAGGAAGAUCAGUCGACGGAGAAGCAAAGGGGAAAAUCCUGAAAGAAGCGAUCAAUGACAUCAAAGAGAACACGAUGAAGCUGACUUACAACCAGUUGCGUAAAAUCCGUCGGCUUUCGACGCUUCCCGGAUGGGAAGUGCGGAAAGUCGACGCGACGGAAGCGUUCCGGUGGCGGAGCGAUCCACAAGCGGAGCGGGUGUGGACCAUAGUCGCCAGAGAUCCCAGCAUCAAGAUCGUGCGGAAGUUCCUGGAUUCAAAGCUGGACGCCGUGCAUUUCCAAGAUGACCGCCGCAUAGAGGCCAACUGCUGUCACCAUCACGAUCAGUGUGAAGAACGAGCAUAAAGUGGGGCAUGAGGCUGUGGGGCCCACGCGUCUGCACUAGUGAAAAGGGCGGAAUGGAGAUGGGGAGCGGGUCACUUUCAGUACCGUUUAGUGCUGAUGAUUGAGGGGGGGAGGGAGAAAGCGAGUGAGUUUUUGAGAGUCCGUGCGGCUUGCUGUCCUUUGUCACCGACAGUACACACUUGAGUGUGUGGUGGGGGCCGGAGUUUGAGUGAGGCCAGAGUUUUCAGCUUAUCUUUUGAGAAUAAUAAUCUGUACUUUAA